CAGGCUGGAUGUCUUCUAACUUCCCUCAAACAUGGAGCUUGAGAGGAUGAACCCUGAGGGGGGCCCUGAAGCACCAGAAGAAGAAAAGAGCGACGAGGGGAGAAGCUGUUGGGCUUGUACCAACUGCGACAGCUUCCAUGAAACGGUUUCCAAAUGGAUGCUUCCGGAAGAUAACCGAGUGACCUACCUUGAAAGAGCGAAUUGCAUCCCACCCCCCAUUUUCAUCCUUGCAAUCAGUGUUGCUGAGCUGACUACCUUCAUUUAUUAUGCUGUUUCGAAGCCCCAGGAACAAUGGCUCACUCUGGGUUCUGGCAUCUUGAACAGUCCUUUUACAUACAGGCCUGACAAGAGGAAAGAAGCCUGGAGAUUCCUGUCUUACAUGCUUGUGCAUGCUGGCAUUGAGCAUAUCUUAGGAAAUCUUUUUCUUCAGCUUCUUUUGGGAAUCCCCCUUGAAUUGGUACACAAAGGACACAAAGUUGGGUUGGUGUACAUAGCUGGAGUGAUUGCAGGUUCCUUAGCCAGCUCAGUCUGUGAUCCACUCCACAGCCUAGUAGGAGCAUCUGGAGGAGUUUAUGCUCUUAUUGGAGGAUACUUCAUGAAUGUUCUAGUGAACUUCCAGGAAAUGAUUCCACUGUUCGGAGUUGCCAGAUUAUUAUUCAUCUUCCUAAUAGUUGGGACCGAUGUAGGAUUUGCUUUGUACAGAAGAUUUUCUCCAGCAGAUCCGCAUUUAGUUUCCUUUGUGGCCCACAUUGCCGGUGGCCUUGCCGGGAUGUCAGUAGGUUAUGUCAUAUUCAGCUCUUUUGAUCACAAUUUCAUUAAAGAUCCAAGAUUCUGGGUCUCCAUUGUUGCUUACUUGGUAUUUGUGGGGUUUGCAAUAUUUUUCAAUGUGUUUUUCUCACCCGCAAACUGGUAGACUGUAUCACCUAACAGAA